CCUCUCCCUAAAUGUCUGAUUAUGUUAUACACACUCAAAAUAACAUUAGACUCGUACUCAAAUCAUCUAAUCAGCCAUGCAUUUUGUAAUCUUUAAAUGCUAUGAAUAUAAUCAGUAUUUAUGACACGUUCGUCCACUCGUAUAUGGUCCAUAACGCUUUGACCUAAUUUGAGUAAUAGCCUUGUAAAAUGUCGAUCAUUGUACGGAAAGCAAAUGAGCCUGACUGUCAGGGUAUUCUGGACCUUAUCACAGAGCUGGCAGUUUAUGAAAAAAUGGAGGAACAAGUAAAUAUGAAAGUAGAAACGUUACGUGAAGAUGGUUUUGGAGAAGAAAAAUACUUCCAAUGUUUCGUCGCAGAAAAUCAAGAAAACGAUUCCUCCAAGCUGAUUGGCUAUGUCUUGUACUACUACAUAUAUUCAACCUGGGAGGGUAAAUGCAUCUAUAUGGAGGAUCUGUACGUAUCUCCCGCGUACCGGGGGAGGGGCAUCGGAUCAAGGUUAAUGGGUUCUGUAUGUAAGGUCGCCGUUGAGAAGAAAUGUGCCCGCGUCCACUUUGCUGUCCUUGCCUGGAACAAAUCUUCCAUUGACUACUACAAGCGCCAAGGGGCCGUAAAUCUGACGGAAACGGAAGACUGGCAUUUAUUUCGAUUAGUCGGAAGUGCGAUAGAUAAAAUGGCCGCGAAAGCUGAUGUAUGACUUUCAUUUUAUAGUAUAUUUAUUUUAUGAGUCAUUCAUUAUAUAAAAUAAGAAAAACCAGA